UGUAUCACGCGCAUCAAGAGAGAAGCUAUUAACUUAGCUCCCUUCACAAUGGCACCAGCCAAAUGGUUGAUUGCCUCCCUGGCAUUUGCCUCAACAGGGCUUGCAUUCACCCCAGAGGACUUCAUCUCCGCCCCACGAAGAGGAGAGGCCAUUCCAGACCCCAAGGGUCAAUUCGCCGUCUUCCCAGUCUCCAAGUACAACUUCGACACCAAGGACCGUCCUUCUGGAUGGAACCUCUUGAACCUCAAGACUGGUGACAUCAGCGUCCUCACCACCGAUGCUGAUGUUUCUGAAAUCACCUGGCUCGGUGAGGGCACCAACCUUCUCUAUGUUAACGGAACCGACUCCGUAAAGGGUGGUGUUGGCAUUUGGAUCUCUGAUGCCAAGAACUUUGGCAAUGCCUACAAGGCUGGUUCCAUCCCUGGAGCCUUCCAAGGUUUUAAGCUCGCCAAGUCUGGCGACAAGAUCAACUUCGUUGGUUACGGUCAAUCCACCACAAAGGGUGACCUCUACAACGAGGCCGCUAUUGAGAAGCCAGUUAGCUCUGCUCGCAUCUAUGACAGCCUCUUCGUUCGUCACUGGGAUGCCUAUGUUGGCACUCAGUUCAACGCUGUCUUCUCUGGUGCCCUCACCAAGAACGGCAACAAAUACAGCUUCGACGGAAAAUUGAAGAACCUCGUUCAGCCCGUCAAGUACGCUGAAUCUCCUUACCCACCCUUCGGAGGUUCUGGUGACUACGACCUCUCCCCAGAUGGCAAGACCGUCGCUUUCAUGAGCAAGGCCCCAGAACUUCCAAAGGCCAACCUCACCACCAGUUACAUCUUCACCGUUCCACAUGAUGGCUCCAAGGUUGCUGAGCCUAUCAACAAGCGCAACGGACCUCGUACUCCCCAUGGCAUCGAGGGCGCUUCUUCUAGCCCGGUAUUCUCUCCUGACAGCAAGAGAAUUGCCUACCUUCAGAUGGCCACCAAGAACUACGAGUCUGACCGCCGAGUCAUCCACAUUGCUGAGGUUGGCUCUAACAAGCCCGCCCAGCGAAUUGCCAGCAACUGGGACCGAUCUCCUGAGUCUAUCAAGUGGUCCUCCGAUGGACGAACUCUCUACGUCACUGCCGAGGAGCACGCCACUGGCAAGCUCUUCACCCUCCCAUCUGAUGCCCGCGAUAACCACAUGCCUUCUGCUGUCAAGCACGAUGGUUCCGUCAGCGCUUUCUCCUUUGUCGGCAGCUCUAAGUCCGUCCUGAUCACCGGUAAUUCCUUGUGGUCCAACGCCCUCUACCAAAUUGCCACUCCAGGCCGUCCUAACAGGAAGCUCUUCUACGCCAACGAGCAUGAUCCUCAGCUCAAGGGCCUUGGUCCAAAUGACAUCGAGCCCCUCUGGGUUGAUGGCGCCCGUACCAAGAUCCACUCCUGGAUCGUCAAGCCAACUGGUUUCGAUAAGAACAAGGUCUACCCACUUGCUUUCCUCAUCCACGGUGGUCCUCAGGGCUCUUGGGGUGACAACUGGAGCACCCGCUGGAACCCAAGAGUUUGGGCUGACCAGGGAUACGUUGUUAUUGCUCCCAACCCAACUGGCAGCACUGGUUUCGGCCAGAAGCUGACUGAUGACAUCACCAACGACUGGGGUGGUGCUCCAUACAAGGAUCUCUUCAAGAUCUGGGAACACGUCCGUGACAACCUCAAGUACGUCGACACUGACAACGGUAUUGCUGCUGGUGCUUCUUUCGGUGGUUUCAUGAUCAACUGGAUCCAGGGACAAGAACUUGGAAGGAAGUUCAAGGCUCUCGUCUCCCAUGACGGUACCUUCGUUGGAUCCUCCAAGAUUGGGACUGACGAGCUCUUCUUCAUUGAGCACGACUUCAACGGUACCUUCUUUGAGGCUCGUCAGAACUACGACCGAUGGGACUGCUCCAAGCCAGAGUACGUUGCCAAGUGGUCCACUCCCCAGCUCGUUGUUCACAGCGACUACGACUUCCGUCUCUCUGUUGCUGAGGGUGUUGGUCUUUUCAACGUCCUUCAGGAGAAGGGUGUUCCCAGCCGUCUCUUGAACUUCCCAGACGAGUCCCACUGGGUUACCAAGCCAGAGAACUCCCUUGUCUGGCACCAGCAGGUUCUCGGAUGGAUCAACAAGUUCUCCGGAAUCAACAAGAGCAAUCCCAAGGCCAUCAAGCUUUCGGAUUGCAAGGUUGAGGUCAUCGACCACGAGGCUGGCUCUUAUUUCGACUACUAGAUUUUAUGCUUAACACGACCAUUUGAUGUAAUAUCUUUAUUAGCAAUGCAAAUAUUGUAAUACUCUUCA